CCUUCUCCCCCGACUGUGCCACUGUCACCACUCCGCCUUUCAGACAGCGUCUCCUCCAGCCCCGUCACUUUCCCUCUUAUUGUUGCGCGUUUCAGGCCAACAUGGGCGAAGUGUUGCUGCUUUGCGUCCGAGGAGCGUUGGACGGAUCGAAUAAAAGCGCACCGCGCCUUUGUUCCGGGUAUCUUUUUAAAUAUUAACAAGUUGUCAUGUCAUCUCUGACUGGAAGGAGAGAGAGAUCGGAUAGAGGCGCACACUGGGGCUCACAAGUGCAGCAUCACCGCGAGACCGUCGGGCUCCCUGCGAGCGUUAAAGGGAAAGUCCGCCAACUCCACCAGGAGCGUCCCGCUCCCGAGGGCGCCGGAGGGUCCGGCUGCGAUAACCCGCCGCGGAGUAUGUGCCAGAGAGCGGCCGCCGUGCCCUCCUACGGGUCCCUGCCCGGGUCGGUCGGGGACCGCAUCAGGAGCGCGAUGUGGUUCGGCGGCGGCUCCGCGUCGGCGAGUCCCGGCUCCGGGAGGUCCGACGGGAAAGUUGCGUGCUGCGAGAGGUGCUCGGCGACCCUCGUCGCUCUGAAGAAACAAGCCCUGAGCCUGGCUGUUCACCAUCACUUCUCCUGCAAGGACUCAAGUGACCUGUCGGCGUAUCUCAAUGACAACCUUCGUGUCCACAGUCGGUUCUCCCCCGCCGACUCCAGGGACAGAGAGAGGGAGCAGCAGGGCCAGUGUGCUGCCUGUGGUACAAACAUGAACCUGCUCAAACGCGAGGCCGUCCACCUGGCUCUGAGCCGGGGUCAGCCGUUAGCCAAGCCUCCCUUCGCGCCCAGCCUUAGCACUGGCACACUGCCGGGACCGAGCGAGACAAAGCGCUGGGACAGGGCUCGGAGGGAAGCCGACGCGGCUGCGCUUCAGCCACCCACCCGAACCUGCAGUCCGCACACGCCGCAGAGCCCCAGGACUCCGCAGAGGACCCCUCAAACUCUCCGACGGAGGGGGCCCAAGCUCCCCAACCCUGAUAUGGACCGAUGGGUAGAGCAGCAGCAGCAGCAGCAGCAGUUCGCCGGUUGUAAAUCUGUGUCAAAUACUGAUGGUGUCACCAUCUACCCUUACAAUCAGGCUGCAGAUGGUGCAAACCUGGCCUCUGGUGACGCGGGGACUCUACAGACGAGCUCCAAGAUCCCUCACAUCUCCAGAGUGGUGACCAUCGCCAACACUGCUGCAAUGUCCUUUUUGGCGAGGGCAGCCGAAAAGCUCAGCCUGACAUUGAGGAAAAAGGGCCAGGCUUCAGAUCCAGCUCCGGCACAUUUCUCCACCUGCUUCAGGGACAUCAUCCAGAAAAACCCACCACCCGUCCCCUCCUGCCUGCUCCAAGCUGCCACCAGAACCAAAGACUCACCCAAUGUUGGCAAGGUCAAAGUCAUCGUGAGGGUGAGUCCGAUACUGUCGGGGGGCCGAGGCCAACCACCUGUUCUCCAGAUCGACCCAUCCAAGAAACGAGUCACCAUAAUCGAACCAGUCAGCAGAGGCCAACCAUCCACGGCAAUGAUACGAGGCAGGGGCGACACGAAUCUUCUGAGGACAUUCAAUUUUGAUGCUGCCUAUCCUCAAGAGUCAGGCCAGGCCGAGGUGUGUGCUGGCGUCUUGGCUGACGUCAUCCGCUGUGUGCUCAGUGGCAGCGAUGGAUGCGUUCUGGGUUUGGGCUGUGCUGAUGUGGGCUCCUGGUCCAGCACGGUGGGGAGUGAUGAGAGCAUCCAGAAUCUCGGGCUCAUUCCCUGUGCCAUCUCCUGGCUGUACAGUGCCAUCGAGCGGCGGCGAGAGAAGACCUGGACCGAUCUGAUUGUAUCAGUGUCUGCCGUCGAGCUCUGCAGUGGAGAUGAAGACACGCUCAGAGAUCUGUUGGGGGAGGUCGUCCCCUCAGUUGGCAAUGCCCAGGAUAGCCCUAGAGCACGUAUUAAACUCCAAGAAGAUCCUGUCUAUGGCAUACAACUACGCAACCACAACCGGGUGAAGGCCCCCACCGCUGAGCGAGCGGCUUCCCUCCUGGACGCGGCCAUUGCAGCGCGUCGGCACAGUGACUUCAUCACAUACCUGUCCCACACCUCCAUAAUGUUCUUCACUCUCCAUGUCCAGCCCCCACGUACAGACAACAGUACCAUUGGCAAAGGUUCACGUGGCCCCACUAAGUUGACCAUAAUAGAUGUGUGUAGUGGUAUGAGGAGCAUGAGCAAAAAUAAACCUCCUCAUUCUGAACUGGGCCCUGUCGUCUUGUCACUACUAAGUGGACACAAAACCACCCCCAACAAGGGUAGUAAGUUGACUAUGCUUCUUCGAGAGUCCUUGGGUCAUACAAAUUGCCACACCACAGUGAUGGCUGAAGUUGAUGAUUCACUGGCACACCUUCAAGAGACCUUAUCCACCAUCCAGCUGGCGUCUCGCAUUCGCAGAACACAGAAAAGGACGAAGCAAUCCACCUCAUGCUCUCCUUGUGGGAGGAGUUUAACUAGAGAAAAGAAAGGGCCUCUCUCUUUCUCCCUGCGGGCUUUCCACUCCACCGAUGAGGUAGAUGUUGACAGUCAUCCUUUCAGUCUUCGUGGUGAACUAGAUGAGCAUUCCAGUAGUGACCAGUCCUGUGACACAGUCAUCCAAAUAGACUCAGAUGGCUUCUUCCAGUCUAAAGCAGCCCCAAGACUGACACAACCUGAAUUUGUGCCUAUUAUACCUUCUUUGCAUCCCAACAAGGCUGACUUGGAUGACCCAGAGUUUACCUCUCUCCUCCAAGAGCUUCUGAGAAUUCCCCAGCAUCAGGGAGAGAAGAAGGAAGAAACUGUUCAAGAACAUGUGGAAAUGCUAAAAGCAGAUAUGAAGCCACCAGAGAGGGAUUGUCUGAAAUGUGAAACAUUUGCUGAACUUCAAGAGCGUUUAGGCUGUAUUGAUGGAAGUGAGUUGAUAAUGGACGUGCUGAAGUCUUCCUCAAAAGGCCCUUCUGUUAACCACGUUACAACCAAAUCACAACCCCAGAAAGAAGCUGGGAAGCAGACAAACUCAAAAUCAUCAGAAGCGCCACAGACAUUGAAUCAGGGGUUAGGCUGCAGUCAGGCCUGUGAUGGAGAAAAGCAAACAGACGGAGACAGUUUUCAGAGAGAGGAUUCAGGUCUCUAUGACUGUGAGGAGUGCAGUGGAACCAGCUCCAGUGAGGAACUCCUGAAUCAAACUCUCAGUCUGAACAUGACCUGUCGCUCUGAGCUUCCCAACACUGGAACUCUUAAAUCAAAUGAUAAGCUCCCUUCUCAGCACUGCAAUGUGGAUGCUCAGGGUAAUGCUUUCACCAAUUCCGUUGCACUUCAGCCUACAGGAAAACAGAGUCCUGAAACUGGUGACUGGUUCAAACCAGACAAAAGGACCUCACCAGUAGGCAAAAGCUCCCCCAUAUCUCCUCCCUCCUCCUGCUCCUCUUCACACUCCCUGGCUACCAGUGUUAUACAUGGGGAUGGCUUACUUAAUUGCCCUACAGGAGAUGUUAAGGAAAUGAAGGCCACAAUCACAGUGACUGUUCAGCAGCCACUGGACCUAAAGGGUCAAGAUGAACUUGUCUUCUCUAUGGUAGAGGAGGUGACCAUCAGUGGAGCACUGAACAGAGGGAGAACAGGUGGAAACAUUAUUUGUAUUAGAGACACUGCCCAUUCACAGGCACAUGCUCAGGACACUGCUAGCUCCCAACCAAUCAGGAUAAUCAGCAAUGUCAGUGAAGAAUCUGUAGCUGCAGGUUCCUUCAAUACAACCAAAAGUUCUGUUGUUCAGCCUGUUGCCACAGAGCCUAGCGCGGAAAAGCCCCAGAAUCUAUUCAGAAGGGAAAGAAGGUUCUUGCCUUCAUUUAUUAACCCCAUGUUGAUUAAUACAGAUGUGGACUGUGAUUUGGAUGGUGGUAAAGUAAAAGAAAGUCCUUUUGUUAGUGAUACUAACAAAGGAGUCAAGUCAGGUCCUCAGCUUAAAAGAAAUACUGUUGAAUCUCCAGAAGAUUGGAAUACUCUUGAGAAGAGGAGUGGAGCUUUUGCCUCUGAGACACAUGUCAAAAAGCAUGAUGAGGUAUGUCACUCGCCUUGUAGUAAUAUUUCUUAUGACUUGAUAGUCUUGGAAGAUUCAGCUUUCUGCGAUGAAACUGCAGAGAACAAAACGUGUGGAAAGAGACCAAGAAAUACAGACAGGAGACACCCCAGAGACAAGGAACAUGUUUAUUCCACUAACACGAAAGGGUGCUCAGAGGGGGGAGAAAUCACCUGCAAACAAGUUGGAAAUGCGCCCAGGAGAAUUGGUGUUACACCUGGUUGCCAAGAAACUGCCCCUGCUUCCUGUAAAACAGGUAGUUUGCCUAGAGGCUGGCAAAAUGCCAACUACCAGGACCGUCACAUGGCAGACAACCACAUAGACCCAAGGGGGGUGAUAUCAUCCACCCCAUGUAGCCCAGGGGUAACUCUGGAGAGGAGGCAGGGGAGACAGAGCACCCCAGUGAACCACAGCCUUCACUUUGCCUCUCCUUGGAAAUAUGGACCAGAGUAUAAACAGGAAGCAAGCAGCACUUCCAGAAAGGGUGUUGGAUCUUUGCUUGAAACCUCAAGUCUAAGAAUGAGACAUGAUGAUAUAAGUGGCAGGCCCCAGUCACCCAUUGAGAACAGCGGCAGGCUUUUCAGUGCCAAAUUGGAGCAGCUGGCUAGCAGGACAAAUUCCCUUGGGAGAACCCCAAGAGACUUCCCAACUCUGAAUAGAGGCAGUAGCUGCACCUCAAUGAGCUCUAAGGGGAGCUCCAAGGGAAGUAAUGAAGGCGCUUGUAGGGGAGCUUAUAAAGACAAUAAGGAGGGACAUUGUACUUUACCAAGGGCUAGUAGGAGCCCCAGGAAGAAUCAUCGGUCUGACCACAGUCAUCACUUUUCUUCUGAAAAACCUGGAACUCAAUCAGCCAAGCAUACCCAUCACAAGCUCUCUGCUGUUGGGAAACUCAAGAUAGCUACACCCAAAGUCCGUCGACUGUCUGCCCCCAGCGUCAAGAACCUCAGUCUGACCCAUAAAGGCAUACGUCAGUCCACCAAUCGCAGUGCCAGUCUUUCCCCAGACAAUAAAACUGUUAGCUUUGAACAGACAUCCUCCUUUUUCUCUUCUUCCCCUCCACGGUCUUUUCAAUCCAUCAGUCGGACUCCUAGCCAGAGUUCUACCUGCUCAUCCACAAAAUCUGCCAUCCAGGGAUUUGUCAAUGGUCGCAUCUCAGACCUACUUAAGGAAAGGGCCUCCAGCCCAACUUUAGGAGGAGUGGACCAAAUGACCACUCUUCCCUCGCCUUACAGUCAGAUGACUGAUCCCCGCACACCUGAUCACCUGAGUGGGCACGCGAGUGAUACCACCAGUGUGUUGAGUGGUGAUUUGCCACCCGCAAUGGGGAAGACUUCCCUGUAUUUCUCUAACAGGAACAGUAUGGUGAGCAGUGGUUAUGACAGCAUGGUGAGGGACUGUGAAACCACAGGCAGCAGCGCCUCAAACAGAGAUUCUGUCAGUGACAGGAGCAGCUCGCACCUUAGUGUGGCUCGCAGCUGCCGAUCAUCUCGGAGGAAAGGCAGCACAGGUACUCACCAGCGUUGUCCUUCCCAAGAAACAGCCGUGUCCCUGAGACGCUCGGCUAGUGGUCUGCGGUCUCACUGGGCGGAUCGGGGAAUCCCAGAGGCCUACGAGAUCAAGGUCUAUGAGAUCGACAAUGUACAAAGGAUGCAGAAAAGAGCAGGUGCUGGCAAACAGGGCCCAGCGUGCUUCAGUGCCAAACUGAAGUUUUUGGAGCACCGACAGCAGAGGAUCUCAGAGGUCCGAGCCAAAUACGACAACCUGAGCAGAGAGCUGAAGCGGGCCAAACACAACCUCACGCUGGAGCCUGGCAAAUGGAACCAAGAGUUUGACCUGUGGCAGACGUUCGAGGUGGACUCCCUGGAGCACCUGGAGGCCCUUGAGGUGGUGACCGCCCGACUGGAGAACAGGGUCGACCGCUGCAAGGCCAACGUCAUGAUGGUCACCUGCUUCGACGUCGCCACCAGGAGACGGCACAAGAAGAGGCGGCGAAAAGCGCAAGAGCGCAGAGCCUUCGAGGGAACCUGAGUUAGAACGGCGAAGAGUUGAGACAUGUUUCACUGAGGCCUCUUGUUUUCCUCAAACUCGUCUAAUGUGGCACUGAAAUCUGCUCUGAACACACUGUCUUAACUUUACACUCACUUUGUGUUUUCAACUACACCAUUACCUCUGAUAGCUACCUGUAAAUUAACCCAAUGCUACAGAUAGGAGUCAUAUAAUGAAUUCCUUCCCAAGGGGGGAGGUCAAAGAUCCUAGCGGGAGUUCUUCACUUAAAAAGGGCUGACACUUGUACAGCAGUACAAAGCAAUUUGUAACCAUUUUUAGACUCACUUGCACAUCAGACGGUGUAAAAGAUUCACACUAAGUAGCUUUAAAAGUACUUUUUUUUACAGUAAACAUUGAAGUGCCAGUUUAACUCAGUGCAGCAUCUAAUGCGAACAAAACAUUCUAGUGCUAACUAAAGGAAAAAAGUUACCUUUCCUCUUCUUGUUAAGAAUCUGCUGAGCAGUGAUAAAUCAGACGACUCACUUUGGUUCUUAGAUCUUUGUUGUUUUGAAAGGCUCCCUUUGGGUUUGAUAUUGUACAGACAAUACACUCUGGUCAUUAAGGCCCCAACGUUAUGCACUUUGUUAAAUAUUGUUAAGUCUGUCUUCUCAUUUCACUCAGGCAGUUUCUGGGAACAUUUUAUGCAUAUAUGUACCUCAGUGUCUUCAUACUAUGGAUCUCCACUACACACUAACACACUGGAUCAGAAAUAAUCAGAAGACAGUUCACUGCACUACAUUUAUCUGUGAUCUUUGUUUUCUUUUAGUUUCUUAUAUUGAUAUUUCCACUGAUUUAAUGAUCAAACUGAGUAAUUAACUUAUGAUUUUUUUUUAUAAGCCAACGUGUGUCAUUUGAACAUGAAUUCAUGUUUUGCAACAAAACUUUAAUCUGUCUCAGACUAAAGAAAUUAGUUAGUCUGCCUUAAAGGUUGUUCUUGUUGUUGUUGUUUCAAAGGGUGAACCAUACUAACCUUAUGCCAUUUUGUAGAUUGUGAAGAUGAAAACAAUUGUGAAAAUAAAGCUGUAUUCUAAAUUGUUAGAAAAUAAUGUAAAAAAAAUGCUCGUUACAUUAAAUAUCAGCAGGAAUCAAAGCAGUUUCUUUUUAAGCUGUGACUGAGCUGUCUGAGUGAAGGAUUCAAGUUCCUCGAAGUUACUGCCAACAGAGACGCUGUUGUGAUUCACCCCCCUUGCUUCAGAAGACGUGGUCUGUGAUCAAUAAACUGCUAAAAUGCAUUAGUGAAGAUUGGGGGGGCCAAAUAAAAAAUGUGUCUUCUACUCUCUCAGUCUAAUGGAGGAGUAAUUACAUUGAAAGGUAUAACGUCAUCGUGUCCGAAGCGCCGGGUGGCUUUGAACCCAUCACAACCUCUGAACCAAUCAGAGAGUAGGAGGCUGAUGCAUAGCAAUCAAUAGAAAAUGCAAGGUUUCCUACCUCGAUCAAUAGAUUUAAGCAUGCAGGGAAGACAUACGCACUGGAUGGUUUGUUUUGUGGAUCAGAUUAAUCAGCAUGUUGCACGUUACUGUUAAAAGGAUGAGCACAGCGCACAUUUCUCUGCACCUGUGUUUGUAGACACUGCUGACUGUGCGUCCUUUCAUGUUGCAAAAAUUAAAAGUUGCAAUGGAGUGACCGCUCACGCUUCCAUUACAUUUUAUGUUUGUCUGAAUGUAGCGAUCAGAGCGUGCAUUUGGUUUGUUUGUUUGCGUGCAUUGGUUGUGUAUUUGAGGGUGAGUGUGCGAAGAGAGAGUGGGAACUCACCAGUUGUAUUGUGAUGCAAUAUAACAACAGCAGCAGCAUGACGGUUCACGUCGUCAAGAGCAAGUGCAUUGAGAGCCAGCAGAGUUCAGCCCUGAAGCGACCCAAUUAUAAAGUCAGACUCAUUACACACAUACACAUAUAUACAAACACACACACAUACACGCACGCAUAGCACCUACACCUCCCUUCCUUCCCUGACUUGGCCUUUCCUCUCUUUCCGCUCCACUUCCUGAUUUCUUUAGCCUCAUUCUAAGUUCCUGUGCGUGUGCUCAGAUUUAUAAAAGAGAGAAUGGGGAUGAAAAGACAAACAAACACAAGUACUUCUGCUAAAAGUCUGCAGAAUGUUCGUGGGCCGUUCAAAACUGAAUAAUGCAUAUGAAUAGAUUUUAAGAAUGAAGAGCUGAAAAAUUGUUUCUCCUUAUUCGGAGGUGUAUGUAUUCUUCUGGAAACACAAAUCGAACUUGCCUCAGCUAGUUCCAACAUUUGAAAAGCUAUGUUAGGAUGAAGGUGUGGGUAUUGCAUGUCGAUUACACAAGUCAACAAUUGUUCCAUUUAUGUGUACAUUUUCUGAGAAUAAAGCAAGAAAAUCGA